CAGCUUGUGUAUGUGAAGCGGCUUCGACUAAUGAUCUCUCUUGAUGUAUUAGGUUAAGAUUAUUACUAGUGGAAUAAUCUCAUGGAUAAUAUGCUGGCAUUGUUAAUUCAACGUUAAAGAAAAAUUUAACACGAAAGUUAAUCUUCGAUUCUUAAUAUUGUGAAUAAGUAACAUAAACCAUUAAUACAAUGAAAUGUCACUACGAAGUAUUAGGAGUAUCAAGAAAUGCUUCUGAUGAUGAUUUAAAAAAAGCUUAUAGAAAACUAGCAUUGAAAUGGCAUCCAGAUAAAAAUUUAGAUAUUCCAGAAGAAGCAAAAGAACAGUUUCAGCUUGUUCAACAAGCUUGGGAAGUGUUGAGUGAUCCUCAUGAACGUGCUUGGUAUGAUAAUCAUCGUGAGGCUAUUUUAAAAGGUGGUAUCGGUGAAAAUUAUAAGGAUGAUUCCAUUGAUCUAUUCCAAUAUUUUACCACCACAUGUUUCAAAGGAUAUGGAGAUGAUGAUAAGGGAUUUUACACUGUUUAUCGUAAUGUAUUUGAAAAGUUAGUAACUGAAGAUGCAGAAUUCAUGAAAGAAGGAGAUUCAGACGAAGAAGUUCCAGGAUUUGGAGACUCACAAAGUUCAUAUGAAGAGAUUGUUCAUAAUUUUUAUGCUUAUUGGCAAAGUUAUAGUACGAAAAAAUCAUUUACUUGGUUAGAUCCUUAUGAUGUGAGGGAUGCUCCUAACAGACGAGUUGCACGUCUUAUUGAAAAAGAAAAUAAGAAAGUUCGCGAAAAAGCUAAAAGAGAACGGAAUGAACAAGUAAGAAACUUGGUUGCUUUUGUACGUAAACGCGAUAAACGGGUACAAGCUCAUGUAGCUAAGCUUGCCGAACGUGCACAAGAAAAUUUGAAAAAAGCAGAAGAGCGGAAAAAGCAACAAUUAUUAGAAAGACAAAGAGAAUUAAAGGGACAUAAAGUAUCAGAAUGGUCUAAAUUUUCAAACAUAGAAGCUGAACUUAAAAAUAUUGAAGCUAAUCUUGCACAAGAAUUUGGUGAACAGUUGUCUUCUGACUCAGAUACAGAUGAUGAAAAUAAAAUAGAUGAUAAUUCCCUCUACUGUGUAGCUUGCAAUAAAAUAUUUAAAACCCAUAAAGCAUUUACAAAUCAUGAAAACUCUAAAAAACAUAAAGAUAAUAUUGCUGUAAUGAAAGCAUCCAUGAUAAAAGAAGACAAAGAAUUUGAAAAUUCUGAAGAUAGUGAUGUCAGCUCACAAUCCAGUUCAGAGAGUGAAAAGAAGUUAGCCACAGAUUCCCAAAUGCCUGACUUCUUAUUAAAUCCUGUUCAAAACAUAAACAGUACCAAAGAAAAAGUCACAGAUGAAGAAGAAUUAAUAUCAGAUGAUGAAAGCUUCGACGAAUCGCCAAUAGUAAAGGGUGUGAAAUGUUAUCCAGAAGGAACUAAGCUUGCAGUAGGACCUCAAAUGGAUGAUGCUCUGUAUGUACCACCUAAAGUAACUGAAAAUGAUGACUACAUAACUUCUGAAGAUGAACUAAUUUCUGAUCAAGAAGAUGAAGAAAUUGUACUUAAAAAACAAAAGAAAAAGAAAAAACGGAAGAAGAAUGUUCAGAAUCCAGUAGCAGAACAGACUAGUGACGAGGAUAGAAGUAUUAACGAAGAUGUAUUACUGUCAAAGAAACAACGUAAAAAGCAGCAACAAAGAAAAACAAUACUAACUAGAGUUGUAGACAAUAAUCAGCAAGCAUCUAAUGACAAAGCAGAAGAGUCUGAUGAGCAGAUAGAAAAAGAAAUAAAUGAAACAGAAUUACAUUCUGAUAACAUAGAUAUAAGUAGUGCAAUUAAUGAAAAACUUAAAAGUAAAAAAAAUAAAAAUGAAAAGAAACAAUCCAAAAUGUCAGAAAAAGAAAGUGAAACUAAAAAUAAAAAGAGAUCUCAAAUUAAUGAAGUUUCAGAUCUGGCACAUUGUUGUGUUACAUGUAAAGUUGAAUUUCCUAGUAAAAACAAAUUAUUUGAACAUUUGAAGAAAACAGGCCAUUCUGUAUAUAUACCAAAUUCAAUGAAGAGUAAAAAGAACCAAGAAAAAUUAUCCAAAAGCAAAGGAAACAAUGAUAAAAGAAGUCAUCAUUAAAUAACUUAUGUUGUACUUUUAAUAUAAUUUAUUGUAAUUGGCUCAAGAAAUGUAAAAAUAUUUAGUUAAUAAAUAUAUCUUACAAUCAAA